UAUAAAAUAUGUUUAGUUUUUCUCUUUCCUUUUUCUUGCUCUGGAGAAGACUGGAAAUUCGGCCAUGGUCAAGGGCAUAUUUAUAUAGCAGGGCCUCUUUCUGUUGAGUUAAUGAAUACGUUAAAUUUCCAAAGCUGUAUGGGAGAAUCUACAUUUCAUUCUGCAGUAGAAGCUCAGCUAGAUUGUCUUUGCCAUCAACAGUCACUCGCUUCUUUGUCGUCGCACUUUGCCAAACUCCGUGCAAAUGGUGUGACGCAUUUUAAGGUGGCCUUGCCAUGGUCUCGUAUCCUGCCAGAAAUGAAGGCUCGAAAGCCCAACAAGACAAACGUGGAAUGCUACCGACAACUUCUCAGAACUCUCAUAUCUGCGGAUCUUAAGCCGAUUGUGAUUCUGCAUCAACAUAGUUUACCAAAAUCUUUAGGCACCCAGCCUGGAUCUACCACUUUUGUCAAUCUUUUUGCUGAAUAUGCAGACUUUUCAUUUAGGACUUUUGGUGAAUUAGUGGACACCUGGAUCACUUUCAGCCAUUUGCCUGAAAUUAUCAAGGAAUUGUCUCCUGAGGAUCCGAAAGUCUUUCCUCUACAGAUUCUGGUUUCAGCACAUCAAAAAGCUUAUAAAAUCUACCGUGAAAAAUAUUCAUUUGAAGGUGGAAAAGUAUCCAUUUCCUUGGACUUUAGUGAUAAUCAGCUGGUUCUUCCAGAAUCAUUCAUAUCUUCAGUUUGGGCCUCCGUAGAUUUUCUGUCUCUCAGCUUACGGUACAACUGUAAGAAGGAAGCAAGUAUUGAAAAGAUGCUAAGUGAAAUCAAGCAUCUCAUAUAUGAUAAGGAUGUUCUCCUCUUCACUCUACACUUCUCUGAAUGUUCUUCUGUUCGAGAAAACCUACCUACAACAAUGGCUUCCAUUUUCAGUGCGGACGCACAGGUGAAAGGCUAUGAUGUGAAUUCCUUCUUAGAGAACUUAGCCAUUCCAAAAGGAAGCUCCCACGAGGAUCCAGCUAUUCCAUCCAAGCAGAAGGAAGACUCCACCCGUGCUGUGACUCUGCUUUCAAACUAUCAAAAGAUUUGGGAAAAAUUUGCUAACCAAACUGAGCUGGAAAGAGACUCUUUUUUGACAGAUACUUUUCCUCAUGGUUUCCUCUGGGGUACAUCAACAGCAUCUUUUAAGGUGGAAGGAGCCUGGGCAGAAGAUGGGAAAGGAGAGAGUAUCUGGGAUCGGUAUGGAUAUCAAGGCCAAAUCCAUAAGAAUCAAACCGCCAACAUAGCCUCUGAUAGUUACCGCAAGGUUGAAUAUGAUGUUUAUCUGCUUAGGGGCCUUUAUCCCAAGAUCUACAAAUUUUCUAUAUCGUGGCCUAGGAUUUUUGCCAAUGGAGACAAGAGCAGCCUGAACCCUCAAGGAGUGAGUUACUACAACAAGCUCAUUGACAGCUUGCUGGAUUCUGGCAUUGAACCCAUGGUGACUUUGUUCCACUGGGACCUUCCUCAAGUGCUGCAGGACAUUGGUGGCUGGCAGAACGAAACCAUCAUUGACGCUUUUGCAAACUAUGCCGCUUUCUGCUUUGCCACUUUUGGAGAUCGCGUCAAACUCUGGAUUACCUUCCAUGAACCCUGGGUCAUUAGCUAUGCUGGCUAUGGUACAGGACAGCAUCCUCCAGGAAUCGUCAGUCCAGGCGUAGCAUCCUAUCAGGUGGCUCACAUCAUCCUCAAGGCACAUGCUCGAACUUGGCAUGUUUACAACAAGCAGUAUCGUCCCCAACAGCAAGGGAAGGUUGGCAUAGUGUUGAACUCUGACUGGGCUGAACCCCGAAAUCCCAGAUCUCCCCAGGAUUUGAAAGCAGCCGAGCGCUACUUGCAAUUCAUGUUGGGUUGGUUUGCUCACCCAAUAUUUGUUAAUGGUGAUUAUCCAGAGAUCCUGAAAUCCCAGAUUGAGGAGACAAUUAAGCAGUGCUCUGCCAACAUUGCCAAACUCCCCACCUUCACCAGCGAGGAGAAGAAGAUGGUGCGAGGAACAGCUGACUUCUUUGGCCUUUCUCAUUAUACUUCUAGGCUUGUUGGUCCUUUGGAUAACCAAACCUGUACUUCGGAUUAUGAGACUAUUGGAGGCUUUUCCCGAGAUGUGGAUCCUUCUUGGCCAACAACAGCUGCAUCCUGGCUGUAUGUUGUGCCCUGGGGGUUAAGGAGAUUGCUGCAAUUUGUGUCUGAAGAAUAUACAAAGACCAAUAUCCCCAUUUACAUCGCGGCAAAUGGUGCACCUAUUGAUGAUGGAGCCGAUUUGAUUAAUGAUACCGCCAGGGUGGAUUACUAUCGUCUCUAUAUCAAUGAGGCCUUAAAAGCUGUAAAGGAAGAUGCUGUGGAUGUUCGGGCAUAUAUUGCCCGAUCACUGAUUGAUGGUUUCGAAGGCGUGUCAGGUUAUAGUCAAAAAUUUGGCCUCCAUAACGUGAAUUUUGAAGAUGCCGAUAGACAAAGGACGCCAAGAAAAUCUGCAUAUUUCUUCUCUUCCGUGAUUGAAAAUAAUGGAUUUCCUAACGCAAGCAUGAUAACACAUACCCAGCCAUUCAGAACGGAUUUUUCUAUGUUCUCAAGGUUGCCUAAUUUGUCAGCCUCUGAAGUCCCAUCAAAAGCAAAGAUAGUUUGGGAAAAGUUUUCUGGUCAGACUAAUUUUGAAAGAGACAUGUAUUUUUAUGAUACUUUCCCAAAAGAUUUUCUGUGGGGCGUUUCCACUUCUGCCUAUCAGAUUGAAGGAGGCUGGGAUGCAGAUGGAAAAGGUCCUAGCAUAUGGGAUAACUUUACUCAUACGUCGGGAAAAAUUAAGAACAAUAACACUGGAGAUGUAGCUUGUGACAGCUACAAUAAAGUAGAUGAAGAUCUUUAUUUAUUGAGAGCUUUAAAGGUGAAAAGUUACCACUUCUCCUUCUCAUGGUCUCGAAUUUUUCCAGAUGGCAGAAUCCAGUCUAUAAAUAGUCAUGGUGUUGAUUAUUACAACCGAUUGAUUAAUGGUUUACUGGCUGCAAAUAUUACACCAAUGGUCACUUUAUACCAUUGGGAUCUGCCUCAAGCUCUUCAAGAUAUUGGUGGGUGGGAAAACCCUGAUCUAAUUGAACUGUUUCAUAGUUAUGCCGACUUCUGUUUUCAGACUUUUGGUGACAGGGUUAAGUUCUGGAUUACUUUCAAUGAACCUGUCACAAUUGCAUGGUUUGGCUAUGACACAGGGGUCCACCCUCCAAAUGUAGAAAACAAUCCAGGUGAUGCUCUCUAUAAGGUUGGUCAUAUAAUACUGAAGGCUCAUGCCAAGGUAUAUCAUACAUAUGACCAGAAGUAUAGGAAAAGCCAGAAAGGUGUAAUUUCCAUAAGUCUCAACAUUGACUGGGUUGAACCGAAGGCACGGAAAAAUUCCCUCAACGUAAAAGCAGCGGAUCGUUCCCUCCAGUUCACUGCAGGAUGGUUUGCACAUCCAAUUUUUAAAAAUGGCGAUUAUCCAAGUGCCAUGAAAUGGACAGUGGGAAACAGGACUGACUUACAGAAACUGCCAGUCUCCCGGCUUCCGGUUCUCACUGAAGAAGAGAAACAAUUUAUCCGGGGCACAGCAGAUGUCUUCUGCUUAAAUUAUUAUACCACCAGCUUUAUAGAGCACAAAACCACCAAGCUGAAAUCAUCUUCUUAUGAACUUGAUCAAGAAAGAGUCCUGAAGAAAGAUUUGUCGUGGCCAGGCACAGCCCUGGCCGGUACGCCAGCCGUGCCAUGGGGACUUCGGAGGCUCCUCAACUGGAUCAAGGAGGAAUAUGGCAAUCCACCUAUUUACAUUACCAAAAAUGGAAUUGGAAUAAGAGCUAAGUCGGAUGUGGAUGAUACCAAAAGGAUAUUUUAUUAUAAAACCUACAUUGAUGAAGCUUUGAAAGCUUACAAACUGGAUGGAGUAAAUCUUCGUGGCUUUUUUGCUUGGUCACUUAUGGAUAAUUUUGAAUGGCUACAAGGUUACGAGCCAAGAUUUGGCCUACACCAGGUUGACUUUGAAGAUCCACACAGGCCUAGAACCCCAAAGGAGUCUGCUAUAUAUUAUUCAGAAAUCAUACGUAACAAUGGAUACCCACUGCCAAAAGAAGAUAAGUUCCUUUAUGGAGAAUUUCGCAAGAAUUUCUAUUGGAGUGUGGCCACAGCUGCAUAUCAGAUUGAAGGAGCUUGGAGAGAAGAUGGGAAAGGCCUCAGUAUUUGGGACCAGUUUGCUCACACGCCUUUGAAAAUCGACAGUGAUGACAAUGGAGAUAUAGCUUGUGACAGCUACCACAAAAUAGAGGCAGAUGUGGCUGCCCUGAAAGAUAUCAAGGUGACCCAUUAUCGUUUUUCAAUCUCCUGGCCUCGCAUUCUCCCAGAUGGGACCACCAAGCACAUCAACGAAGCUGGCCUGAAAUACUAUGAAAGACUUGUGGAUGCACUUCUGGAAGCAAAUAUCCAACCUCAGAUCACCCUGUACCACUGGGAUCUCCCUCAGGCCCUCCAAAACAUUGGAGGGUGGGAAAAUGACACCAUCGUUCAGAGGUUUAAAGACUACGCAAACCUCAUUUUUCAAAGACUGGGAGACAAGGUGAAAUUUUGGAUAACUUUAAAUGAGCCUUAUGUCAUUGCCAACCUUGGCCAUGGCUAUGGAGUGUCUGCACCAGGCAUAUCUGGAAGACCAGGCCGCGCUCCUUACAUUGUGGGGCACAAUUUGAUCAAGGCACACGCAGAAGUGUGGCACCUCUACAAUGGGACCUACCGUCCCAGACAAAAAGGAUUGAUCUCACUGUCCAUCAGUAUCGAGUGGGCUGAACCAAAGAAUCCUCACAAACAGGAGGAUUAUGAGGCUGCUGAGAGAUACGUUCAGUUUUUUGCUGGUUGGUUUGCUCAUCCCAUUUUCAAAACUGGGGAUUAUAGCGAUCUGAUGAAAAAGAGGAUACAAGAAAGAAGCACUGGCAAAUCACGGCUCCCUGAAUUUACUGAAAGUGAAAAGCAAAGAAUUAAAGGCACAUAUGACUAUUUUGGCUUGAAUCAUUAUACCACAAUCCUGGCAUCCAAUUUAAAUCUUCCUGUAACAUCCUACGAUGGUGAUAGAGGUGUUGCUUCCAUAGUAGACCACAGCUGGCUGGGUUCCGGCUCCUUUUGGUUGAAAGUGACCCCAUUUGGCUUCAGAAGGCUCUUAAAAUGGAUCAAAGAAGAAUACAAUAAUCCACCUAUUUAUGUGACUGAAAACGGAAUUUCUGAACGUAUAGAUGAAGGCUUGAAUGAUACCUGGCGCAUACAUUAUUUAAAGAGCUACAUCAACGAAGCAUUAAAAGGAGUUGUAUUUGAUGGUGUUGAUCUCCGAGGUUAUACAGUUUGGACUUUGAUGGACAAUUUCGAAUGGGCAGUGGGCUUCUCUGAAAAAUUUGGCCUGUAUUACACCAACCACACAGACCCCAAUCUAACUAGAAUUCCAAAAGAGUCUUCAAAAUAUUACUCAUCUAUUAUCCGCUGUAACGGCUUUCCAGAUCCAGCUAAUGGACCUCAUUUGUGUCUUGAACCACAGCCUGCAGGUACUACUAAACCACCAGCUACUCGGCCACUUACAGCUGCUACACUUACUAGUAGUCUGCCACUUACAAGCCCAACAGGACUGGAAGAUAUCAAGAAAGUGCCAUUUUUGGGAUUGGACUUGACUUCAUCUGAAGCGGAAAUAGCUCUUUACGUUCUAUUUGUCCUAUGCUUGCUGGCUAUACUAGGGUUCGCUGGUUCCCUCUGUGCAUAUAAAAAGGCCAAAAAGAUUUUGAAACGAACAACAUUUUAGCAAUCAGGAAUGUGUUUUGCUUUAUCAUCCGAAGACUUUUGAGCCAUGCAUUUUUGAAGCUCUCUCUAUUCGUCUAUGAACUUUAAAGUACAUCAUCGUAACAACGAUAAUGCAUCAAUUAGCGAUAUCGUUUUUUGCACCCAAGAUAAAAUUGCUUAGGAAUUAUACAAUUUUGGGAUAUUGUUUUGCUGUGACUAUGAAAUUAAAACUAGCACUCUCAAUGUAAUGGGAAACAUACAUAUGUGCCUGUGUGUGUGCAGCAUAAAGCACAUAGACACGGCAGGCUGUUUUUCAAGAUUUCAAGUUAACUCCAAAUCUCAUAUUAGAAAUUUUGGAGCGUCAGUAUUUAAGUGCAUUUCAGAAAAAGAGGGCCAUUUGUUCAGAAUUUAUUUCAUAACAAAUGAAUGGAAACAGGUCCUUGUAUGCAAAUGUAACAAAGAAUAUUACCGAAAAAAUAGUUAAGAAUGACUUCAUUUGCCAAGUUUUGCAAUUACUUAUGAGAAUCAAAUAAUCAUAAUAAGUACCA